UCUCGUCACCGGCGCCGACCAAUCAGAGAGCUGCUAGCUUGUCUUCUUGUCCUGCUCAGAGAUCAACACAACCGUAAGAGAAGAAAACACAGCAGAGCAGUGCGGGUUAAAUACAGAAAACAUCUCAUCUUUGGAUAUAUUAUUAUUUUUACAAGUCCUUGCUGCAGUCUGAUGGCUUCAUGUUAACACCCAGGACAGCAGAGUCCCUUCAGUACGAUGGCGCUUGCUGAGGAGCAGCCUGAGAAGCACUGCUGGGUGUGUUUUGCCACGGAGCGAGACGACCACAGUGCAGAGUGGGUGAGCCCCUGCAGGUGUAAAGGCUGCACUAAAUGGAUCCAUCAGUCAUGUCUGCAGCGCUGGCUCGACGAGAAGCAGAAAGGAAACAGCGGAGGAGCCGUCAGCUGUCCACAAUGUGGCACUGAAUACCACAUCACCUUUCCCAAGAUGGGCCCGUUGGUGUAUUUCCUCCAGCAGGUAGACAGAGCCCUGUCCCGGGUCAGUCCCUUCGCUGCUGUCGGGGUGGUGGUCGGGACUGUCUACUGGUCAGCUGUCACAUACGGAGCUGUGACUGUCAUGCAGGUGGUGGGACAUAAGAAGGGGCUGUAUGUGAUGGAGCGGGCCGACCCGCUGUUCCUGCUCAUGGGUCUGCCCACCAUCCCGGUGGUGCUGGUCCUCGGGAAGAUGAUCCGCUGGGAGGAUUAUUUAGUGAGACUGUGGCAGAGAUACUCCUACAGGGGGAAGCUCCCGCUAGGUAACAGUCGUUAUCUGCCCCGGGUUCCUGUGGACGGACCCGGUUCAGGAGAUCACCUCUCUGUGUCCAGGACUCUGUGUGGAGCUCUCAUCUUUCCCUCCAUCGCCAGUCUGGUGGGACGGCUUCUGUUCGGACGGAUGCCCUCCAAUCUUCAGCGCACCGUUCUGGGUGGCAUCGCCUUCGUGCUGAUCAAAGGAGUGCUGAAGGUCUAUUUCAAACAGCAGCAGUACAUCAUUCAGGCCAACCGGCAAAUCCUCAACUACCCGGAGAGAAACGGAGAGGGACAGCCUGAAGGAGAAGAGGAGGACACAGAGGACAGUGGGAACGAAUAGAGUCUAUGGACCUGGACUGAGGCCGGGAACUGAAACCUGUGGGGCAGGAAGUGAGCCAGAGAUGAUGUCAUGAUUUAACAUAUAAUGCUGAUGUAUAGAGGAGAAGCUUGAUCUGCCUUCAUUAGAGUUACCAACAACCUGAACACUGUCCAAGAGUUUCAGCCUGAGGAAGCUUUUACUUUGUAGGCUGUAACACCUGAGAGGCCAAACGUCUGAUUACCUGAUCCUCACUGUAGGAGAUACAAGUGACCACACGUGUCUCAUUCACAAAGAUACUGUGCGACCUGUAAACAUCCAGCCAGUGAGAUUCAGUUUACAUGAAGUCACGGUUCAUUCUGCACUGAGCUGAGUCAAUAAAUGUUAAAGAAAGUUAGUCCAGUGAUCACGGUUAGGAAAUUAUAAUGAGCAGGUACAAGACAAAGACUUCAAACUGAUUAUUAUUAUUGAUAUUAUUAUUAUUAUUAUUAUUAUUAUUAUUAUUAAGACCACACUGUGUUCUCUAAAAGUCUAAAGUCAGUUUCCACCUCUAAUUUUGCUUUACUUUUUGUCAGUUUUACACUCGGUUCUCUAAAAACAAACCAACAGACACAAGCAAUGAAUCAGGAUGCAGAUGUUUGUACGACUGAAACAGUUACAGUAAGUUAUUCUUACAAGAUAAAGUCGAGGGUGGAGGAGAAACAUGAUAAUUGAUCUGCAGCCUGUUGACAGAUUUAAUGUACCUACAGUGGAGGUAGAUUCACUAUCUGACCUGGAGUCUGAACGGUCCAACACAAUCUGAUGUUGUGGUCAUUAUCCCACUUUAUUCUCACUUACUAAAGGAACAGCUCACCCAAACAUAAGAAUUCAGUCAUUAUCUCCUCCCCUCUGGUUGAUUUUUCGUAAUCCGCAGAACAUUUGGGACUUGUUUUAAACAAAAAUGACACCAGAUGGAUCCAUCCAGAUGUUUUGCACCCUUGGUUCAGAUGAAAUGACACCGCUAAGCUAAAAGUGUUAGCUGGCACCCCGUCUGAAGUGGGUGCACGAGCACGAGGGUGUGUAGUGUCUUUUCAGGUUUGUGAUCUCCUCAUUCUGCAGACUGUGAUCACAGCAGACGAGCUGCAUGGAUCCAUCUGAUGUUUCUUCGGUUGUUUUUCUGUUUUAAAUCAAGUCUCCAGCUGCUUCAUGCUGCAACUCUGUUUUACUGUGACGCUCCAGAACUGUUCUGUGGACUCCGACACUUCAACCAGAGAUGAAGAGAUAAUGACUGGAUUUGCAUUUUUGGGUGAGCUGUUCCUUUAAGCCUUAACUCAGUGGAUAUGAAUGUCUUCCUUUUUAUGUGCCUUAUUUGAAGCACUUUAACAGAACAGGACCCGUCAGAACCUUCUGCCACGAGGAUGCUGCAGGAAUCACCUGCUGGCCAACAACAUACCGACACUCCUCAGUAACCAUUCAGUCCUUCCUCCGAGUUUCCCUCGACGCUUCUAAAGCCAGUUUAUUUAUUUCAUUAAGGAUUUUUAUAAAAUACUCCCGACUGGUUUCCUACUUCCUCAAGAUAUUUCAAUUCUUGGUUCCUCUCUGAUCAGUAACAGGCUGUAAUCUCAGUUGUUGGUCUGCUCGCUCGCAGCCAGUGGAAGAUGAACCACAGCUCCCAGUACUAACAGGAGACUGGAGCCGGUCAGGACCUUUCAGAGCCGCGUUUAGGUUGUUGGCUGAUUGUUUUGCACGUCGUGCUGCAGCACAGCAAGCAGAGCUGCUCAGUUGUUUGGAAUAUAGAAAUAAAAGAUAUGACAUUUGGUUUUGGUUUGGAGUUUUUCAUGCAGAAAACACAAAUUAAUUUAUGAUUGACAACAAAAGAUUUAGUUUUCUUUGCCAAAUGAACUCUGGGACUUUAAUUGCACAGUUUUCUUGCUGCUGUUAUGUUACGAUAAGCUUUUAUUUUAAGACUUGGUGAUAAAUUUGUUUAAUAAAGCUGUUUGUAAAAACAA